CCUGGUCAUCGAACUAUAUCAACCACAACCAUACGUGGACUGAAGGUGCGCAGCCUGAAAUCGAUUAUUAUCAAUAUGUAUCAAGCCUUCAAUAAGAAAAGAAGUUAACGACCCGAGCCUGUAUCGAUCCACCCACACCAGUGGAAAUGACAAGACGCAUUUUCUCCAGCUGAUUCACCGCAGAUCUCACACCUCCUCCUCCUCUUCAUCCUCCUCCUCUUCCUCCCCCUAGCUCAGUACAAGGCGUGGUUUUCUCUCGGAUGGAGAUGCGAGCUCCGUCUGCUCUCGCCGGGAUCCCCCGUCCGCUUCUGCGCAGGCACGUUUGAUCCUCUGUUUUCCUCCCUCCGUCCUCGCCGCGAAGGAGCGUCCGUCUCGUCCGGAGAGAAGGAGGAGGAGCAGGAUGGCAUCCCUGUGGCUGCUGGCGCUCGCGGUAGCGUGCGCGGGGCCGACCGACGGCAGGCGGCUCAAGCAGCCGCGCUGCCCCUCGUCCUGCACGUGCACCAAAGACAACGCGCUGUGCGAAAGCGCCGCUCUCAUCCCUAGAGCUUUCCCGCCCGACGUUAUCUCGCUGUCUUUCGUCAAGUCGGAAUUUACCGAGAUCCCCAAGGAGAGCUUCAUCCACACGCCCGCCCUGCACCUCCUCUUGUUUACGGCCAAUAACUUGGAGUCUUUGGACGAGGACGCCUUCCUCGGCCUUCCCCAUCUGGAGUAUCUGUUCAUCGAAAACAACCAAAUCCAUUCCUUAUCACCCUACGCGUUCCGAGGGCUGAAAACCUUGACGCAUCUGAGUCUGGCUUACAAUAAUCUCGAGAGUCUCCCCAGAGAUUUGUUCAAGGGUUUGGAAGCCUUGACCAAAGUAGACCUGCGAGGAAACCGCUUCACGUGCGACUGCAAGCUAAAGUGGUUGGUGGAAUGGAUCUACAGCACAAACGCCACUGUGGAUCAGAUUAACUGCAAAGGCCCAUCCACUAUGCAGGACAAGAGGAUCAACGACCUGGCGCCGCAGUCCUUCGACUGCAUCACCACAGAGUUUGCUUCAUACCAGUCCUUGAAAUUCGAAUCCAUUUCCGUGGAGGCCUUUACUUUCGGUGAAGACCAGUACGUGGUCUUUGCUCAGCCCUUCAUCGGCAAGUGUAGCUUCAUGGAGUGGGAUCACGUGGAAACGGUCUUCCGGAACUUUGAUGAUAUUGACAGCACUUCAACGGUGAUCUGCAAACCCCUGGUGAUCGACGAGCAGCUCUUCGUCAUCGUGGCUCAGCUUUUCGGCGGCUCGCACAUCUACAAGCGCGACACCUCGGCCGACAAGUUCAUCAAGUUGCAAGGCAUCGACGUCCUGAAGAUCCGUAAGCCAAACGACGUGGAGACCUUCCUGAUUGACGGCGAGUCCUUCUUCGCCAUCGCUGACAGCUCCAAAGCCGGCACCACCACCGUCUACAAGUGGAACGGCAACGGCUUCUACUCGCACCAGUCGCUUCACCCCUGGUACCGCGACACUGACGUGGAAUACCUGGAGAUCUCCUCCAAGCCUCACCUCAUCCUGUCCAGCAGCUCCCAGCGGCCAGUCAUUUACCAGUGGAACAAAGGCAGUAAAGUCUUCGAGCGCCGCACCGACAUCCCCGAGAUGGAGGAUGUGUAUGCCGUGGAGCAUUUCCGGGUGGGCUCUGAGCUCUUUCUCUGCCUGACGCGCUUCAUCGGCGACUCCAAGGUCAUGCGCUGGGACGGCGCCCUCUUUCGGGAACUGCAGACGGUGCCGUCGCGUGGGUCCAUGGUCUUCCGGCCUUUCACCGUGGGCGACUGGCAGUACGCCGUCCUGGGCAGCGACUACUCCUUCACUCAGGUGUACCGCUGGGAUGCCGAGAAGGGACAGUUGGUCCGCUUCCAGGAGCUCAACAUCCAAGCUCCCCGGGCCUUCUGGCCCGUUUCCAUCGACGACCGCCGCUUCCUGCUGGCCUCCAGUUUCAAAGGGAAGACGCAGAUUUACGAGCAUCUGGUCAUCGACCUGAGCGACUGACCGAGUGCUCCCUUAUUCUGGCGUGUACUAAGCUAUCGGGACACGUUGGUCGGGAGGACUGUAAAUGGCUGGUUAACAUUUUGCAGUCGGUAACAUGAAAAUUGAGAAACAUCAGGGGUGUCAAACUCAUUUUGGUUGGCGGGCUUCAAGCGGGUCACUUUUAUGGCAAUUCAAAAAUCUCACGUGGUAUAUUUUUGAUUAAAUAAGUGAACUCGUCGGCUGUCCUCGUGGGGGGGAACGUCAAAAUAGAUCGGACGUCGAGUGCCGUCAAUGGCGCUGGAAGACGGGCGCUCGCAGCCGGUCCUUCAGGUGUAGGUGAAUUGCACGUCAAUCCUUCUAAAUGGCAGGCAACGACUUCAUUUUGCCUCACUUCUGUGUCGCUUUAAGAUACCUCCAGUCAAUUUUCCUGUUGAUUUUGGGGUAUUUUCGUGGUGACCUCCAGUUGAUUUAGUGUCACUUCCUGUUUGUUUUGGAUAACUUCCUAGUUAACUCAUUGGCUGCCAUUGACGGGGCUAAACAUCCAAUCCAUUUUGACCGCGAGGGGGUAAAUGCAGGGUGUAAACGCACCGGACACGAAAGCCAACCAAGUGCUGUAGAGAUUACACAAAUCAAAAAUCCAUGGCUUUACGGCGCCGAUCUCAAAAUAAAAGCAUGUGAUUUUUUUAUGUACAAGAUGAAUGAGCUACAGUCAGGCAGAACAACCCAGCCAGGGGCUGGAUCGGAGUAUUUGACACCCCUGAUCAUGAGCCCUUAAACCUUUUGAAGACCGCCAUUUGGAUGUUUUUGGCAAGAUUUUGAGGUUCAUUGGCAAAAAUAGCCUUUCAAAGAAAUCAGAGCGUUUAAUUCUGUCACAGUAAUUUUUUUCAGGGCGAUAAAUUGUCCCAGAAAAUAGCGAAGUUCCCAAUUUGAGGAAUUUUUAUGUUCGUUGUCUUUUUCUAUGACUUUUUUUAAAGCCAAUUACGAACGGCUCGUCGGUGUUUGCUAGCUCCAAAUAUUCCAUUUCACAUUCGACUUUCUAAGCAUACAGCCGUCGGAUAACCUAUUCUCGCGCAUCAGUCGUCCACCAGUGAUCAUCAAAACUAUUUCCGACCAGAUAAUUGGUAUCGGCACCCUAUACGGCUAUUUUUGGUGUAUCAGACAGUCUCCGACCUAGUUUUCACGUGUUUUCGGCAUUGUCGUCGUUCUCGACCGCGUUAUUUUUGGGAUGACUUUUACCGGUCAAAAAUGACGGAUAUCGGGCAAAAAUAGCUUGAAAAAAAUCGCAAGUCCAAAAAAUAUGAAUUGGGACACCACUAAUAGAAACGUCUGUACCAGCUACAGUAAGUAGUGGGAUGAUCAAAAGUAUCCAAAUUUGCUUGGAUUUCUUCAAGUGCUAGAGAUGAACUCGAGUGCGUCUUAGAAGAAGAACAAAUUGUAUUUUUCAACUCACUGGCUGGCAGUGACGGCAACAGAUGUCGACCGUCGCAAAACUUCAGCAUCUGAUUGAGAAUCAAAGCAAUUUUCAUGGCUUGAAAUUGACUUGUUUCUUGCUCAUUUUUUUAAAUUCUAAAUUGAAAAGGAGUUGAAUGAACGAUACAAAUGUGAAAUUCGGUCUAUUAUGAGCAAAUACUUCCCAGUCACGCCACAAAAUACUCCGGAAGGCCACCAUUUUGACAAACCUUUUGAAGGUAAAUGCGUCAAACCAAGUUUUUUUUUUCUGUAUUUUUCAAUUUCCCAACGUGUCCCGAUACGUUCAUCCCUCUGUUAUUAUAUUUCACUAAAAUCCCGUGUGGUCAGGCGGGCAGGGUGGACUCUUUGCAUGCAUCUCAAGCUAGAAUGGGACUUCAUGCAUGACCGAGCCGAGCCAUCGUCCACCGAUCCGGAAUGUGCAUUAUAACAUUUUUCACCGUCAGCCGUAAACAUUUGUACGCUUGUGUCUUUAUCUGAUGUAAAACUUUUCAGCCAGUCUGCCAAAAAAAAUGGAAUGUUUACAUUUUUUCAGACUAAAUUUAUAAAUAAAAAUAGGAUGCUUUUCUAACGGCAUUUAGAUUGAUAUUCAGAGACGCGCCUUUCUCUCCUUGUACAUUUUAAUCACGAAUGUUUGUAUUUUUAAACAAUCAGGAGUACUCGACACUAUUUUCACGACUUAUGCCUGUCAAGGGAAUAUUGAUUUUUUUUUUCUCAGUGAUUACUGCAAUGAGUGAGUUCUCGGAAUUGUAGCACCGUCACGGUUAAAUGAUAUCAUCACUAACAUUGUGCUAUUUCAAUAAAAGCUUCAAUCACUGA